AUGGCGCCCCGGGCAUCGCUGCAACGGCGCACCCUCGCGCCCCAGUCUGAACAUGUCUACGAGCUAGGCGUUGUCGGCCGCAAAACCGGUAUCACCCUCAAGGACACGGGCAUCCGCGACGAACAUGGCAUGGAACCCAUCGACGACCUCUUCUCGCCCAAUCCUUCGGACGACGAUAGCAGCGACGGAGAGCCGAUGGAUCUUACUGCUACGUCUGGUAUUGGCCCCGCGGCUCUGCUGAAUGGCCACGGCAAUCGGCUAGCUAUACCACUCCCCCUCCCGCGCGUCCGGUCGCCAGUCAAAACGAGCCUCAAUUCGCCGGCGCAAAGAAACCGGCUACUCGCGCGGAGCUCUUCGCCCACCCGCGGAUCUAUUGUCCGAGAGCGCGACUCCCAGCCGAACCGUGGUCAGAUGGCCGCUAAGCGCCGCCUAGAUUUUAGUGCUUCGAAGUCUUUGUCUCUGCCACAGCCGCUCCCAGGCAAAGGGGGCUCCAGACUGAAUAGCACCAGUGGCUCGGCAAGGGAUCUAACUAAUGGUUACUACUCCGACAGUAGCCUCCAGGAAGAAGAGGAGGAAGAGGAAGAAGAGGAGGAAGAGGAGGAAGAGGAGGAAGAGGAGGAAGAGGAGGAAGAGGAGGAAGAGGAGGAAGAGGAAGACGUCAACAACCUCAUCGACGAGUCCCUGGCUAUGCUUAAUGCCGGAGGCGACGACGACUACAACUUGCCCGAACAAUCGGAAAACCAACAAGACUCGGACCCCGCUGUUUCCUUUAUCGAGGAACAAAGCGCGUCCUCUUCCACGGCGAAGCGGAAACCAGGAAGGCCACCCCAGGUCAAAGCCAGUGGCACUGCAUUAUCACGAGGACGGCCGUCAGUGAAGAGAGCCGUUCCUGUCGUGGUUGAGGAAUCUGAAGAAGAGGCCGACGAGGAACCCAAGGACGAGCCAGAAGAGCCUGAGCCGGCUGCAGCGACAAGCGAUACACCAGAAGAAGAAGAGAUGGAGGAGGAUGUAGUAACCAAGCCACUAAAAAAAGUGCCUAAAAGGCGCGGACAACCGCCCAAGGUAGGCAAAGCCGCAGCAGCGCCAGCGCCAGCAAUAGAAUCUCCAGCACCGGCCGUGGAAGCUCCAGUGGCGAAGCGUAACAAGCGGCGCUCACUAACAGAAGUAGAGGAAGAAGAAAGCGCAGUCAAAGGGGAAGACACGGCGACGCGCCAACCAAAGCGACAGCGCACCGACUCCCGGUCCGGGGCCAGCGCCACGGUAUCCAAGAAGACAAGCACUGCUAGAAGCAGUAGCCAAAAUGCAGCCUCCGAACAACCAGAAGCCGCCGUGUCCAAAAAGACAGGGGCUGCUAAGGGCAGUCGCCAAAAGGCGCCUUCCGAGCAGCCAGAAGCCGCGCCGCCCGCCAGCAAAUCCGCACCGCCGCCGCCGGCAGUGAAGGGCAAACGAGAGCGGCCCAAGCGCAGGUCAUCAGUUGAUCCAGGAGACACCUCAUUGGUCGCGGUCGCCAGCCGGCCGCCGUUGCCGAAGUCGCGCGGGCUGCUGAUCAACAGGCGCGACGCGCUGGGCGACUCGGGCAUGUUCCAAACGCGGUCCGGGCGCAACUCGAUGAAGCCGCUGGCGUUCUGGCGUAACGAGCGCGUCGAGUUCGACCACGACGAGGCCAUGGAGGACCGGUUCACGGGGCGCAGCCAGCCCAUGAAGUUCAUUGUCCCGACUAUCAAGGAGGUGGUGCGUGUCGACGAGCCCGAACCCGAGUUCUACGCCAAGGCGCGCAAGGGGGGCUCUACCAAGCGGGGCGGCGGCGCGCGGCGCGGGAGGAAGCAGUCGUCGUACGGCGACGAAGACGACGACAGCCGCGGCCCCGCCGACCCCUGGGAAGUCAACCCCGGCACACUCAGCGGGGAGGCCGUGGUGUGGCAGCCUGACUACGAGACGAACGCGCCCAAGCCCGACGACUUGGUCGACAUGGAGGAGCGGCAGCUGGCCAUCAGCGCGUCGGCCAUCCGCCCGCAGGCUGUCAAGGACUCCAACUUCCUCUUCGCUAAGACCAUUAACGAGGGCUUCUUUGGCGCCGGCGUCGUCGACCUACCGCCGGGCGCCGAGAAGCGCUCCAAGAACACGCGCAGGAUGUUCAUGACCUUCUUCGUCUUCACCGGCCGCGUCCUCGUCACCGUCAACGACACCGAGUUCCGCAUCAGCAAGGGCGGCAUGUGGUCUGUGCCGAGGGGGAACUACUACAGCAUCGAAAACGACUACGACCAGCCCGCGCGCAUCUUCUUCGCCCAGGGUUGCGAGGUGGCCCCCCAGCCGCCUCCGCAGGACGAAAACACCUCGUAG